AUGGCAUCCCCCAAGGUCACACUUUACUUUGACAUCGUCAGCCCUUUCGCUUAUAUUGCCUUCUAUGUGCUGAAGAACUCACCAACCUUUGCCAAGUGCGAGGUCAACUACGUGCCUAUUCUUUUGGGCGGCUUGUUCAACCAGUGCAACAAUACACCGCCCAUCAGUAUCAAGAACAAGGAUAAAUGGAUCGACGUGGAGCGCAGAAGAUGGGCAAAAUAUUUCUCCGUGCCCAUUUGUGAUAACACACCCGAGGGCUUCCCACCGCGGACUUUGGCGGUUCAGCGAGCUCUGUGCGUUGUCUCGCAGAUGGCCCCCGCAAAGCUGCCCUCCGUCAUUGAGGCACUGUACCAUUCGUUCUGGGUCCAGUCAAACUCAAAGAUUGGCGAGCCAGCAGGGUUCACUCCUAUCUUUGAGAGUGUCCUUGGACGGGAGGUUACCAAGGAAUUCUUGUCGGCUAUGACACAGCCUGAGAUGAAAGCAGUGCUGACCUCGAACACCGAUCGAGCCUUCAAGACAGGUGCCUUUGGGAUCCCGUGGUUUGAAUGCACAAACAGGGAAGGUCAAACUGAAGGAUUCUGGGGCAUUGAUCACUUGGGGCAGGUGGUUGACUUCCUGGGACUUGAUCGCAGCCGUGAUCCGGGCUUCAGGGCAUUACUGUAA